AUGGAGCGACUCCGCCCAUGGGAGGAAUCCACUCAGGUUGCUGCCCGUCGUCCGUCCGGCCCGGUCCCACCCAUCCCUCCGCCAACCUCGCCCGCACCCCGACGCCUCUCUCACCACCUCCGCCUCUCACAUUCCCACGGAAGCUCCCCCGCGGCCCCGCGCUCCCACUCGUCCGUCGCGCCGCACGCCGCGCCUCCCCAGUCCCACCCACUCCCAAACUCUUCUACCCACGCACUCCCACUCACUUCGUAUGGGCAACUGCUCCCCGUCUCCGCGGCGCCGCCGCCCGACGGAGCCAGGCUCGCCGCCGCUCGGCAGCACCGUGUCCGGCCCAUCGUGACGGUCAACUCCAUCUCUGUCUCCCCCUACCCGCUCGCCAGAUCCCCCUCCGUCUCCACCGCUGCGGUGGACGCCGAGGACGGCGGCGUCGUGCGCGUUUACGGUUCCGACGGGUGCCCCGUCGCGUGGCGCCUCCGCGUCUCGCUCCUCUACAAGGCGGCGGCGCCCCUCCACUUCACGCCCUCAGAGGCGGCUCCACUCGGCCGCCCGGUGCUCCGCCUCUCCGCCGCCGACCCGGAGGUAUGCGGCACCCCCGACGAACUGCUGCGCCAGGUGGACGCUCGGUUCGAGGGCAAGCCGCGCGUCGCGCCGCCGGAGAGGCCCCGCACGGGGUCGCCGUCGGCGGCGGCCGCAGCCGCGGCUGAGGUCGCCGAGCUGGUGCGGCUGCAGCACCGCAGCGCGGAGAGGCACCUCGAGGGCGUGGCGGCGAAGGUGGUGGAGAUGGUCAAGAAGGGGAAGAAGUCCGGGAAGGGGAGGAGCGUUGUAGAGGGUGCUGAGGUCAGGAGUCUCGGCAAGUGGUACGGGGACGCAAUGGAGGUGAUGCUGGAGCACGCAAGGAUGGAGGAGACCCUUAUCUUCCCUGACAUACAGAGGGCAUCGUUUCCAGGGGUGUGCGACAAGGUUAACGAGCAGCAUGGGAGGCACCUGCCAAUAAUGAAUGGAAUCAAAGAGGAUAUAAAAACACUGCUGACGUUGGAAUUGGGGAGCCCCCUAUUCCAUGAAGUUCUGGUCAACCUCUUGGUUCGCCUCAAAGCGUUGCAGGAUCGCACCAAAGAGCACUUCAAAGAAGAAGAGAGCGACCUUCUCCCACGGCUAGAACAAGUAAGACGGAUGCAGCGGGAGGAGGGGAAGGUUUCUGGCAGGUCCAGUUCUGCAUGGGCUUCGGAGGCAGUAUCUACAAUGGAGAUGACACACUCGAAGCUCUUCCCCUUCUUCAUGACUGGUCUCCUUCCUCAGGAGGCCAUGCAAUACUUAGACCUAGUGUGCCGAUGCACGAAGAACACGCGCCAUCUGGUCUCCAUGCUCAGAUCCCUUGCCGAGCGCCUGGAAGACGCGAACCCGUCAAUUAUACACAACAACCCUACCAAACUUGUAGCUAAUGUAUUUGGGGGGUUUUGGACGAUUGUGAAAGCGUGGCGUGUAUAGCUGAUUGUGUUAUCCAAGCGUGAGUAACUACACGGAAAAAAAGGAAGUGAUUGAAAUGGGCAUUAUUGUUUCUGACCUACUUUACUCUAUUUCCGGAUGUUCUCUGCUGACUGCUAAUCUCAUUCACAGUGAAGGAUGUUGCCAUAUUAACUUUGUGAUC